AUGGCGGGUUCCGGGCACACGUGGCCCAACAGCCAGGAGGACUACGAGCUGCUGGACGUGAUCGGCGUCGGCGCCACGGCCGUCGUGCACGCCGCCUUCUGCCGCCCGCGCAACGAGAAGUGCGCCAUCAAGCGCAUCAACCUCGAGAAGUGGAACACCUCCAUGGACGAACUGCUCAAGGAGAUCCAAGCCAUGUCCAGCUGCAACCACGAGAACGUCGUCACGUACUACACCAGCUUCGUCGUCAAGGAGGAGCUGUGGCUAGUGCUCAGGCUGCUCGAGGGCGGCAGCUUGCUCGAUAUCAUCAAACACAAGAUGAGGAUAUCAAACUGCAAGCACGGCGUGUUCGAUGAGGCGACCAUCGCCACAGUAUUGAAGGAGGUGCUGAAGGGACUUGAGUAUUUCCACCAAAACGGACAGAUACAUAGAGACAUUAAAGCCGGAAAUAUCCUCCUAGGAGAUGACGGUAUCGUCCAAAUUGCCGACUUUGGUGUAUCAGCAUGGCUGGCCACCGGACGCGAUCUCUCGCGACAGAAAGUUCGGCACACGUUUGUGGGCACCCCAUGCUGGAUGGCGCCCGAAGUAAUGGAGCAAAACCAUGGAUAUGAUUUCAAAGCCGAUAUCUGGUCAUUCGGUAUUACGGCCAUAGAGAUGGCGACCGGCACUGCGCCAUAUCACAAGUACCCUCCGAUGAAGGUGCUCAUGCUCACUUUACAGAAUGAUCCGCCGACACUGGACACCGGCGCCGAAGAGAAGGAUCAAUACAAAGCGUACGGCAAGACAUUCAGGAAAAUGAUAUUCGAGUGUCUGCAAAAAGACCCGGCGAAGCGGCCGACGGCGACCGAGCUGCUGAAGCACUCGUUCUUCAAGAAGGCACGCGACCGCAAGUACCUAGUGUCGACGCUGGUGACCAUCGGGCCCAGCAUGGAGACGCGCGUGCACAAGGCCAGCCGCCGCCAGCCCGGCGCGUCGGGGCGCCUGCACCGCAUGGAGACGGGCGAGUGGGUGUGGGAGAGCGAGGAGGAGGACGGCGACGAGGACGACGCGGCGCGGGACCGCCCCAUGAACACGCUGGAGCGCGCCGACAGCUCCGACUCCGACGACGACCGCGCCGCCUUCACCAUCGGCUCGCUCGGCACGCCCGCGCAGCAGCCGCAGAUCAACCUCGUGCUGCGCAUGCGCAACGCGCGCAACGAGCUCAACGACAUCCGCUUCGAGUUCGCGGCCGGCAAGGACUCGGCGGACGGCAUCGCCACGGAGCUGGUGGGCGCGGGGCUGCUGGACGCGCGGGACGCGGACGUGACGGCGCGGCAGCUGCAGCGCCUGGUGGACGACUGCCUGUUCCCCGGCGCCGCGCCGCCGCCGCGCUCCGCCACCUUCCGCCUGGCGUCCGCGCCGCCCGAGCCCGAGGACGAGCAGAGCCUGCUCGGCUUCGCGCAGAUCUCCAUCGUGGACUGACCGCCGCGCCCUACUCGCCGCUAUAUUAUCUAUGCUUAGGUACCUCCUACGUAUUUUAUGGGUGGAUAUGGAAUUAUAUUAGUUGUAUACCGUUUAUGCGGUGGUGAUUUUUGUGGACCGAUGGUACCGCCGGCCGCCGCCGUCCCGCGGCCCGACGUCUGCGCGCAUCGACUUGUAUACGAAAACUAUCGCCGCGUAGCUCAAAUGAAUGUAUAUUUUACAUUAUGAUAAGGGUGAAUCUGAAUUUAUAAGAGUAUUUUUUGUGAUCGUACCGUGUCAAUUUUGCUGCUUUCCAACACUGUAAUCGAUUAGGACCCACAUUCGCAAAUUUUCGCAAUGCUAUACAAAUGAUGAAAAUGAAUGACAGAAUAGUUUGCGCAGGCGUACUAGAGAGAUCCAACUGAAUGAAACGAAAUGUAAGUUAGCACUAAUAGCAUUAUUUACUUGUUUGUAAUAAAAAGCUACCUAAUAUUUUGUAAUUCUUAUUACUUUUAAAACAACUUCCAAGUGCCAUAUUUUUAAAAUAUGAAUGGAUAAAAAAUUAUAAUUAUAUACUGUAAGUUUGACAGUGAUAAAAUUGCAUAUAAUAAUAAUCAUUACAGUGUUAAUUUUAAAUAGCAGGUCUAUAUAGCACCAUAGAAUGUUCUUUUUACAUUGUUAUUUGUUUGUUGCUUAUUUUGGAAGUAUUUUAAUAAUAAAAGAUGAAAUCGA